CCCCGCGGGGGUGGGGUUGGACGGUAUCCUUUUUCGGGGGUCGAGAGGAAUCGCGAAUCGGAAAAGUCCCGGCUGUCUCCAGCGACGGCGGGCCGAGAGAUGUAUCGCCAGAUGUUUUUCACGUGCCAAGUGCAGUAUCUCAACGACGUCGAUCCGUUCACUUAUGCGACCCUCUAUCCGGAUGUUAACCCACCCGAUCACACCUUCAGCGCGACCUUGCCGCUCAUCAACCAGCUCGCCGCCGUGCAUCGGCUUCUUCGGGCGCCUCACAGGCUCGACGACACGGCGCUCCAGCUGUACAAGGGCGGCGAUUAUGGCGCUUACCUGGACCUCGAGGCCUCGAUCAACGAGCAGCAGGAGGAAUUCGAAGGCUUCCACGAGAGCCGGAAGAACGCGAUCAUUCUCAGGACCCAGCUGUCCGUGAGGGUUCACACCAUCAUAGAAAAAUUGCUGAACAGCGAAGGCCGCGAGCUGCGACGGGCCCUCUUCUCCCUCAAGCAGAUCUUUCAGGAGGACAAGGACCUGGUGCACGAGUUCGUGCAAAAUGACGGACUCGCCUGCCUCAUCAAAGUCAGCAGCGAGGCCGAUCAGAACUACCAAAAUUACAUAUUACGAGCACUCGGCCAGGUGAUGCUGUACGUCGACGGCAUGAACGGGGUGAUGGAACACGGGCAGACGGUGGAAUGGCUGUAUACGUUAAUUGCCAGCCGUUUUCGGCUGGUGGUGAAGACGGCGCUGAAGCUGCUACUCGUGUUCGUGGAAUACGUGGAAACAAACAGCCUGCUGCUGGUCAGAGCCGUGCGGGCGGUGGACACCGCCCGCGGCAUGAUACCGUGGAUUAACGUGAUGAAGCUCCUGAAGGAUUACGACGCCGCCGACACCGAGCUGCUCAUCUACGCGACCACGUUGGUCAACAAGUGCCUGAACGGCAUCCCCGAUCAGGACACCUACUACGAUCAGGUGGACUGCCUCGAGGAGCAGGGCAUGGAGGGUGUUAUCCAGAGGUACAUGUCGAAGCAGGGCACGGAUCUCGACCUGCUCAGGCAGUUUCAGAUCUACGAGGCGGUGUUGCAUCACGAGGACGGCGACAGGGGCUCGCCGAUUCGUCAAUUGGACGACAAUAUCAGGAAGACCCUGCGGAAUCGGAAGUCUCUGGUGGACUCUCACGAGCGACGCAAGUCCCGGAGGCACUCGACCGGCACCUCGCCCUUGUCGAUGUCUCUGAACGCGCGUCUGAGCCCGCGGCUGAACCAUACUCUGGGCGUGAGUUCGCUCAACAGCACCUUGAACUCGAGCCUGCCGGACGACGACGACGAAUCGAGCAGCUCUCAGAGUUCCCAUGGCCAUCUGGGUGAGGUUCAGCUUAAUGGCAGCUACAAGGAGAAUAAAGUGGACGUUGGCGUGACACCGGCGCUCAGACGACGACGAGAACGCGCGGAGAGACAGAGGAGCUUCAUUAGAGAGCAACAAGAGGCUACCGCAAACAUGAGGGCUUCGAUCGGUCACACCGACGAUCAGGAAAGUCAGUUUCCGUCGAACAGUCUGCGAUACACAAACGGCACCUCUUACGAGAGAAACGCCGAUUCCCCCUCGAACAAGUUGUCCAGAACGAACAGCAGGAAGGACUUGACGCCCUUGAUGAAUGCCGCGAACAAGCUCGACUCGGAGGAGAAGAAGCCGUGGUACGGCAAGAGUCCCAGCGAAGGUGUCGAGUACGGCGAGAGUAAUCACACCGACGACGAGGACGAGGAUCGUCGAGUGCUGCUACAGCCUAAGAGGGAAGGCACCGUCAAGGAUCUCACGCAGAAGUUGGCGGCGCAGAAUCUUAUACCGAGCAGUCCCGUGGAGGAGAAAGUUUCCAGGAUAGGCGACAUCAGCGGGCUGAUCUCGAAGGCGAAGGAAGGUCUGGCCAAGUCCAAGUCGAAGGCUGACGUGCUGAAGUCGCCAACCGGCGACAACCUGCCGAAGCUUCAGGAGACGAAGAAGUCCGAGAACGAGCUACACUGGGAAGAGCUCGUGAAGAAGCUGAAGCGGCCGCUCGCGCUCUGCGAUCUCGACUUCACCGACCUCAAUUCCGACGACGAGAUCGACGUGCUGGGUUCGGCCAACGUCGCGAACGGCGUGCCGCCGCCACCGCCGCCGCCGAUGGCGCCUCCGUGCGGAGACGCGAGGGCGCCGCCGCCGCCGCCGUUGAGCGCGAGACUACCGCCGCCGCCGCUUCCUCAGGGCCCGCCGCCGCCGCAGCUGUUCGGCGUAAACCUGAAGAUGUCGAGGUCGUCGUUAGUCAACGAGACCGGCGGCGGCGGCGGUGGCGGCGGCAGUAGCUGUCCGCCCAAGAGCCCGCCGUCGUUGAUCGCCAAGAAGAGCAAGAAAACGGUGAAGCUGUUCUGGAAGGAGGUGCGGGACGACCCGAACAUCCUCGCGCGGCUCGACAAACACAAGAUGAUCUGGGACGAGCUGACGCCCGUGGCGGUUGACACGCAGAAGCUCGAGCACCUCUUCGAGAGCCGAGCCAAGGAUCUCAUCACCAAGAAGCAGCAGGAGAUGAACAAGAACAAGGAGAUCAUCGUGCUGAAUCACAAGAGGUCGAACGCCAUCAACAUCGGCAUGACGAAACUGCCGCCGCCGAGGUCCAUCAAGACCGCGAUCCUCAAGAUGGACGCCACCAUCAUGAACAGGGAGGGUAUCGAGAAACUCCUGACGAUGCUGCCCACCAAGGAGGAAAAAUCCAGGAUACAAGAGGCUCAGGCUGCCAAUCCCGACCUUCCUCUAGGAUCGGCCGAACAGUUCCUCCUGACUUUGACCUCCAUCUCGGAAUUGCCGGCGAGACUGAAGCUGUGGGCGUUCAAGCUGGACUUUGAGAACUCUGAAAAGGAAAUCGCGGACCCUUUGAUGGAUCUGAAGCAGGGCAUGGAGACGCUGCGAGUGAAUAAAACGUUCCGCGGGAUUCUGAGCACGCUCCUUUCGAUCGGGAUAUUCCUCAACGGAAAUGAGGUGAAGGGCUUUCAGCUGGAAUACCUCGUCAAAGUACCUGAAGUGAAGGAUACGGUUCACAAGCACUCGCUGCUUCAUCACCUCUGUCAUAUGGUGAUGGAGAAGUUCCCGGAUUCGACGGAUCUCUACUCCGAAAUCGGCGCGGUAACGAGAGCUUCGAAAAUCGAUUUCGACGAACUGGCGGCGAACAUCGCGAAACUCGAGAGCGAGUGCAAAGCGUCUUGGGACCAUCUCAAGCUCAUUGCGAAGCACGAUGGCUCGACGAUGAUGAAGGUCAAAAUGUCCGAUUUCCUCGCCGACUGCGCCGAGAGGAUAAUCGUCUUAGGCAUCGUGCACCGGCGUAUCAUAAAUCGUUUCCGCAAAUUCAUCUUGUGGCUCGGUAUACCGCUGCACAGGGUGCAAGACACGAAACCCAACGAGUUUUGCAGGAUCGUGUCCGAAUUCGCCCUGGAGUACAGGACCACCAGGGAGCGAGUGAUACAGCAGCUCGAGAAGAAAGCCAAUCAUCGAGAGCGCAAUAAGACCAGGGGGAAAAUGAUAACGGAGGUCGGCAAGUUCCGCACAAAGGAGGACCGAGCGGACGCGGAGCUCAGGCAGCUACUCGGCAGUGACAUCUCAGACGUCGAAAGUAUCCACGGCACAUUACCAUGGCGAAGGCAGAGGAAAGACGUUCACGCAAAUUUUCACACGAGAGAACGAGAGACCAGGGGGAGAUACAGCCGAGGUUGGGACUCGGAGACCGGAGGACGGAUCUUUGUUGGUGCUGAAAUGGAGCGGGAAAUCUCGCUCUCUGUUCCAGGACGUAUAAUCGCGCUGGGUCCGGUGCUUCGGGACGAGAGCACCAACGGCAACUUGGCCGACGGUGUGGACGAACUGCUGGAAUCCCUGGUGAAAACCGCGACGAAGGCACCGGCCACCAGGACAACGCCGCGCGAGCGCAAGAGGACCAGACACGCCGAUCGUAAGUCUUUGAAGCGAUCGCGCACCCGGGAGAACAACACCACGCCGGAGGGGUAUCAACCCUGAUGGGCCAGGUUUCGUGAGCUCUCUGCGAUUAAGUGCGUAGAACGUUGAAGAACGGUCUCUCGGAAGAGGAGAAGAAGCACAUCGCCGCCUACAUCAAGGGCUACUGACUGUGAUAAUACUCGAAGACCACCAAGACAUGCCCUCGACGAGAAACGAAACGAGACGGGGCGAGCCGGGGCACGCCGGGGCACGUCGAUACUCGGGCGCACGAAGAGGGUGAGAAACGCGUUGGAGACUUCGCCAAGACAUCGCCGGCCAAGAGAGCUCCGGACCUCCGGAAUCCCCCCGUCUCCCCAGCGCCGUCAGCACGGGAGACGCUCCGACACGUCGGCGUCGUGUCCGACGAACAACGCGCGGUGCCUCGUCGCUCGAUUUUUCUCACCAAGAGGCGGUAACAGGUAGCCGACGAAGGGAGAAAAGUGGAGAGAGAGAGAGAGAAAAGAAGGAAGCGGACAGCAAGACAGCGGUCCGGUCGCGAAAUCCGGACGCGAGCGCGCGCCGACCGACGAUUCUCAGAUUUGGCCAAACGAUCGAGCGAGCCGGCGUGGCGUGGCGUGGCGUUUCCCCUCACUCCACCCCCGCUCCCGGAAGGUAUCGCGCGCGUUGCAGAGUCUGCUCCCAGCUGGGGAUUACUCUCAGCUUUGCAGAAGCGUCCUCGUUUCUCGCAGACAUCUCCUCGUCGCGUGGAAGUCUUCCGGUUGCGCCGGAACUUCUUUAUCUCGCGGAAGAUCCGCAGCCGGCGCGGUUUUUUCGCAGGGCUCCCUUCGCGUUUCCCUUUUCCUCGGAAGAGUUGCCUGCGCACCCGUGCGCACACGCGUUAUUUUACGUUAUUCGUAUAUAUAUAUAUAUAUAUAUAUAUAAAUAUAAAUAUAAAUAUAAAUAUGUAUGUGUUACGUAUUGUACUCGGAAUACUUCUCGGUAGAUUCACUCGAACCUCGGACGACAGGGUCGACUCGACUAAUUAACCGUGCGUAAUCACCACGUGCCUCGACGAAUUUUCUAUGAUCGAUCGAAUUCUAAGACCGACCGGCACUCUCGCGAGCGAACGACGCUUUCGCUCGCGAUGAUCCGUUAUGUAUAAUGAUAACGAAGCGACAGCUGUUUCUGUUCUCCUACUUUUUUCUUUUUCCUUUUCUUUUCUUUGCAUACGAAGUAACUAUGACGCAGAACGAUUCCUACGCGAACACACACAGCGAACGCAUCGGUAUACAACGCCGCACGGCGCAAAUUUCUCACGGCGUGGCUCGCUCCCGAGACAGCAAUUCAAUUACUUUAAUCAUCACUUUAAUAUUGCGUCUGGUACAGCCGCGUAAUCGCAUUCAUUGUAACCUUCUGUUGGAAAUGAUUCUUCAAAUAAAGCGAGAAGCAGUUCUAAA